CUGGUCCCCGGCACGUCCCCCGUUUGAGGCGUCCGGUUCCGCGGGCCUGGUCCGGUUCGGCAGGUCUUGUCAGGUCCACGUGGACUUCAGCGUCCCGCGCGACAGCGUCUUGGAUCCGUUCAACCAUCACAAACCCGCCUCUCCUCCAUCGAUCGCUCCAGCGUGUCCUUUGUCCCCCCCCCCAGGUGUCCUGGAGCUCUUUGCGGUGUCUCAGGGGGUCAUCGGCAUCAAAGGGGUCCACAGCAACAGGUUCCUGGCCAUGAACAGCAGAGGACGGCUCUACGGCACCGAGCGCUUCACGGACGACUGCCGCUUCAGGGAGCGCUUCCAGGAGAACAGCUACAACACCUACGCCUCGCUGCUGCACCGCCACCGCCGCACCGCCCGCGACUGGUUCGUGGCCCUCAACAAGAGAGGGAAGGCCAAAAUGGGCUCCAGCCCGCGGGUCAAACCGCAGCACGUCUCCACCCACUUCCUGCCCAGGGUCAGCCUGCGGGACGGCGGCGAGCGAGGCUUCACCAUCACCGGCAGGAGGAAAGCCCCGCCUCCCCCGCCGCCGCCGGCCAAUCCUCGCCCGGCGAAGGCCGUCCGCGCUGCUGCGCCGGGGCCGAGGCGUACGCAGGUCAAGUACUGGCCCAAGUACCGCUUCGGGUAGAUGUCCGGGGGGGGUCACAGGGGUCACAGGGGUCACAGACACGGGACAAACAUGGAGCCAAUAGACAGUGUUGGUGUUCCAGGUCGGAAGCAUUCCAGGUAUCUACGUGUGAAGAACCUCUGAGGGUUCAACCCUCCAGCUUCUCCCCCUGAGGCAGCUGAGUUUGGGAGGCUCCGAUGUCGUCUUCUUGAGCCCCCCCCCCCCCCAACACCCCCCUCGCCAGCUCUUCUUCUUAAAUCCGAUGGCAUUGAAGCUGGAAACUUUGGAACUUUUCAUGCACGUUUUAUUCUUUAAAUGCCGUCAGUGAGACGUUGAAGUGGGAACACUGGUCCAUGUUGUUUUAUUUCCUACUGGGAGUGACCCCUGCUGACCUGGGAAUGUCCUCCAUGGG